AUGAGUAACAUCCUGCCGUCACUGCAGCUCCCUGUAGAUUACACAGCGAUCUCUCAAAACGUGAAAGAUUUCUUGCAGCAUUUUAAAACCGAGGCCGUGUCCAGAGAUGAAGACAUAGUUGCUGAAGAGGAUGAGGCUAUGGUAGAUGCAGACGGAAACGUUGAAAUGGACGGUAUUGGUCAAGGUCCCAAAUAUAUGAGACUUUUACAAAAAAUGGUCAACAGAGACUUAGAUAUUAUCACUAUUGAGUUGGACGAUAUCUUGCAAUUUCAGGAUGAGAAAUUUUUAGACGGUGGCCAAAAAAUUGACCUGGUUCGGAAUAUCCAAGAGAACACGAAUCAUUACAUUGAAUUAUUCUCCCAGGCUAUUGACGAAAUUAAGCCGUUGCCAACAAAAGAAAUUGAUAACAAAGAUGAUGUACUGGAUGUCAUUCUGAAUCAAAGAAGAUUGCGGAAUCAGAGGCUAGUUGCCGACAGAACUAAUGAGAUUCGUCAAGAAAUCCAGACGGAUUCCAAUGCUGGUACACAGGGAUCCGAAGCUUUGAGAGAACUGGCUGAAGAGGAGGUUGAGCUGUUCCCAGCUGUCUUAACUAGACGUUAUUUCUUGUACUUUAAACCGUUGACCACACAAGGUGCAUACCGUUAUAGAAGUGCAGCGAAAAAGGUUCAGAUGUCGAAGCCACUCUCUGUUAGACAAAUCAAGGGUGACUUCCUAGGCCAACUGAUCACUGUUAGAGGUAUCAUCACUAGAGUAUCCGACGUCAAACCAGCUGUCGAUGUAAUCGCGUAUACGUGUGACCAAUGUGGUUAUGAAGUGUUUCAAGAGGUCACCUCGCGUACAUUCACACCAUUGGCGGAAUGUACCUCCAGGGAAUGUCAGGAGAACCAAACAAAGGGCCAGCUAUUCAUGAGUACAAGGGCCUCCAAAUUCAAUGCCUUCCAAGAGUGUAAAAUACAGGAAUUGUCCCAGCAGGUGCCCGUGGGCCACAUCCCAAGGUCUUUGACUAUACAUGUGAAUGGUGCACUCGUGAGAUCACUAUCGCCUGGUGACAUAGUUGACGUGAGUGGUAUUUUCUUGCCCUCCCCAUACACUGGGUUCAAGGCAUUAAGAGCGGGUCUUUUAACUGAAACUUACUUGGAGACGCAAUAUGUGCGCCAACAUAAGAAGAAAUUCUCCGCCUUUAAGAUGGAUCCAGAGAUGGAAUCUCGUGUUAUGUCCAUUGUUGCUCAGGGGAAUGUCUACAACAGACUAGCGCAAUCUAUUGCUCCUGAAAUUUACGGGAACUUGGACGUGAAAAAGGCUUUGCUUUUAUUGUUGGUUAGCGGUGUCGACAAAAAGGUCGGCGAUGGUAUGAAGAUUAGAGGGGACAUUAACGUCUGUUUGAUGGGUGACCCCGGUGUUGCCAAAUCGCAACUGUUGAAGGCCAUUUGUAAGAUAUCACCAAGAGGGGUGUACACCACGGGUAAAGGUUCGUCCGGUGUUGGGUUGACCGCUGCCGUGAUGAAAGAUCCUGUCACGGAUGAAAUGAUCCUGGAAGGUGGUGCGCUUGUGCUGGCUGAUAACGGUAUCUGUUGCAUUGAUGAAUUUGACAAGAUGGAUGAAAACGACAGGACUGCAAUUCAUGAGGUGAUGGAACAGCAAACGAUAUCUAUUUCGAAGGCUGGUAUUAACACGAGUCUCAAUGCGAGAACCUCAAUUUUGGCAGCUGCCAAUCCACUAUACGGUAGAUACAACCCUAGACUGUCACCGCUGGACAAUAUCAAUCUACCUGCUGCAUUACUCUCAAGAUUCGAUAUUCUAUUUUUGUUAUUGGAUACCCCCAAUGUGGAUAACGACUCCAAAUUGGCGGAGCAUGUUGCCUACGUCCACAUGCAUAAUAGACAACCAGACUUGACUUUCGAACCGAUUGAGCCAUCUCGUAUGAGGGAAUACAUAGCCUUUGCUAAGGCAAAGAGGCCGAUUAUGACACAAGAGGUCAACGAAUAUGUUACACAGGCGUACAUCAGGUUGAGACAAGACUCCAAGAGAGAGUUGGACUCCAAAUUUUCAUUCGGUCAAGCUACUCCCAGAACGUUACUUGGUAUAAUCAGACUGGCCCAAGCGCUGGCAAAAUUGAGAUUGGUUAAUCGUGUGGAGGUAGAAGACGUGGAGGAGGCUCUAAGAUUGGUUAGAGUGUCCAAAGAGUCCCUAUACCAGGACAACACCAAGACCAGAGAGGACCAGAACCCAACCACCAGAAUCUACAACCUCAUCAAGAGGAUGUCACAAGACACACUAGAAAACAGAGGCACUCUAUCGUACGACACUAUUGUCAAGACUGUUAGAUCGAGGGGUUUCACGAUGUUGCAAUUGAACAACUGUAUUCAAGAGUAUUCCUACUUGAAUGUAUGGCAUUUAAUCAACGAGGGGACAAUCUUGAAGUUUGUCGAUGACGAGUCCUCGAUGGAGGAUGACCAGGACGUAAUGGUAACCCCUAGUAAGAUCCCAGCUUGA